GUUAACCGUGUACAUGUCAAUAAAUUCCUGAAAUUCCUAGGAGUGGUAUGAGUUGACGGGCAGUGUUGUUUUCAUAUUUACUUGUUUGUAUAUUCUUUGAUGGAUUAUUAAUAUAAAAUACAACUGCAAGAUUUAGCAUUGACGUUUCUAUUUUAAAGAUAGAAUAUAUUUUACAUGCUACAAAAUUUGAUCUGUCUUGCUUCCUAUGUUUGAUAUAAAGAUGAAUGAUAUGACUCUAUGCGAGUAAAAUUAGAUGUUCUACUGAGACAAAUUGAAACAUUGAAUUUCACUGUGGACUAAAUCAGAUUUUGUAUUAUGCAAGAUGCGGACUUUUCAGCAGUUUAGGUGCUAUGGCUCAAGAGUUCCUCCCACUCUGCGAUGUUCUAUUUAACAUCAUCUCUCUUGCUUCUUACUUUUGUGAUAUAGUAUUUGAUGUUGUCUCAAUCUAUACUCUCUAUGCCUCCGACCAGGUUACCUGGUUUAGCCUUUCUUUGUGCUGUGUUAUGUUUUCAUUAUUUAUUAGUCAAAUAUUAUCCUUUAAAUGGUAUUUCCAUCGAAAGAGUGGCAAGAAUUUUAAAUUUUCAGUUAUAGCAGCUAUCCAUUUAGUGCAAUUUGGAGUUUUAUGGAGAUAUUUUAAGCUUUUUCUUCCUGUUAACCUUGGUGUGGUAAAGAAUGAAGUACGGGAUUUAUGCAUGUUGAGGCUCAUCCACGCAUUUUGUGAAGCCGCGCCUAUGCUACUCAUCCAGCUUUAUCUGAUAUGGCUGAAACCAUCCUCAUCCGAAGUGACAGAUUUAAAUCUAGUGUCAACUUUUCUGUCACUGUUUAGUGUAUGCUGGGCCUUAGCAUCAUUCAGCAAAAAUGUUCGGAGGCGCAAUAUACAUAAACUUGUUCUAACUUGGCUUGGGGUUAUAUUUCAAUUUUUUUGGAGGCUUGGUACUGUGACAUCACGUGUGGUAGUGCUAACUGUUUAUGCUACAGUUUACCACUAUUGGGUGUUUUUAGUGAUUAUAUUACAUUGGUUAACCAUGUUUUUAUGGUUAAUAUCUCCAAAAAAUGUUUUUCAUGGUGAAGCUAUCUCUAAAAAGAAAAAGUCUGUGUAUUCAAUGUUGAUUGCAUUUGUAUAUAUAUUUUGUUACAUAAAUUUACAAGAGAUUAAUUCCCGCCAAAAGAUGUUUGCAUUUUAUCUGAUUAUGUUUUUAGAAAACUCAUUGUUAAUGGCUGUGUUUCUGUUUCUUAAAGGACAAGUUGUGUGGUAUCAUAAGAUAUCGAUUAUAUUUGCUUGGGGUGGUUUUUCAUUGGGCAUCGUAUUCAUGAUAUUGUAUUACCGUUUUUUUCACAUUCAACACCUGAAACAUAGCUUGGCAUCUCAUACUGAUCUAGAAUCUCACUGUACUAAUUGUGCAUCAAGUAACUGUGAUAAUCACAAUGGCAAGCCAGCGCUUAGUGAUAGUGAUGCUUUAACAUCUGAUGGGAAGUCCAUGCCUGAUACUCCUUUAUCAAAAUCUUAUAAUUCUACUGUUUUUCAGCCAUCUAAUGGUCAUUUCCAGAAUGGAAUGGUAACAGGCAUACCUGGUGUUUUCAAUUGUCGUCUCAAUCCUGCCUUUAAGAGAAAGAAAAAGAAACCGUCCAGUUUUGUGCCUCCUCCUGCUCCUGUUUCAGCCUUGAACAACAACAGCAAGACUAUUAAUCCUUUUUGGAAAAGAUUGCCACAUAAAUCUUGCAGUAGCGACCACGAGAGUAGUGUUGGUUCUCGUGUCAACAUUCAGCAGAAGCUACAGGAGAAAAAGAAACAGCAACUGCAGGAAUUAAAGGAAAUAGAGGAAGAAAUUAAACAAGGAAAGUUGAAACGACCCCAUCCCAUGGAAAUCGGAGAUCAAGAUACUCUUCACCAACCAAUACCCCAUUCAAAAAAGCAACCAUGGGUUCGUCCUGAAUCACCCGUUGCACGUUUGCCAUUAUAUCAUUCAUUAAUAGGACCCCAUAUUUUUAGUGGCAUUCGACCUAAAUCAAAGCAAAGGUCACAAACACCUGAAAUAUUGUUAGUUCCAGAAACUCUGGAUUGCUCAAUGAUGUACUGUGAUUAUCAGGAAUCUCGAAAUACUUAUUUAGCUUCUCCGCCUCAUGUUGUCUAUCCAAGAAUAUCCGAUGUCUCGAGCAAUAGUAAUUUAUCGGCUGCAUCUAAAACUAAAAUAUACCCCCGUUCUCGAAAUCAAAAUACUGUACGUGAUACUCCGUCCUGCCGUUGCCCGCCUCCAGAUACUGCAAUGGGCAUGGCAUAUAAAUCUCAUAAUAUACCCUCUGACCUUGAUAGUCAGAUAUCUCUGCCACGUUCUUAUACUCUUCCAAGAGAAUUCAGGUACUAUAGGAGACCUAGACCUCGAAAACCAGUACGUAAUGAACAUUUUGUGCCGUCUAAUAAUUCGAGCGAUGGUGAUGUAGAUUCUGCGGAUGACAAUGAAACUUAUGUGCCUUUUCCAAACAACCGAGUGGGAGCCCCUAUUCGCUUAAGACCUUAUCAACCACCUUAUAGAGCUUGUGUUGCUGGACAACUUCAUGAAACAAAGUUGUAAAUCAAAAUUGUAUUUUUUUGUAAUAUAGAAGAGCUUUAUUUUUUUAUUACAGUAUUUAAGUUUGUAUAUAUGUAUACAUUUUUAUAUGAAACAAUUUUUGGCACGUUUUAGUGCGACA